CAAGCGACGAAGCUACAUCGCCUUGGCCUUCAUCUGGCUCAGUAUCCUGGAAAUCGUGGCAACUCUCCACCUGAGGACAAACAACUCUUCACAAUCCUUUGCCAAGAACUGCUCACUGCUUUUAAGAAAGAGUCAGCUGAGAGCGGAAAGCCACGACUUCUGCUAACAGCCGCCGUAGCCGCUGGUUAUGCAACAAUUGACAAGGCAUACGAGAUCAGCAAAUUAGCUGGCAUUUUAGACUUUAUCAACCUGAUGGCAUACGAUCUUCAUGGAAGCUGGGAUUCCCAGACAGGGCAUCACACUGCUUUGGAGGGUCCCACAGGUGAUAAACUUACAGUCUCCCACGCAGUGCAAUAUUGGAUGGAUAAGGGUAUGCCGUGUAAGAAAAUCGCUCUAGGAUUAGGAACUUAUGGCCGAGCAUUUAAGCUUGUCAAUCCGAAUAAGAAUGGACUGGGAGCUUCGGCCAGUGGAAAGGCUACCCCAGGGAAAUACACCAGAGAAGGGGGAUUCCUGUCCUAUUACGAGAUUUGUACAAUGGGUCUGACCGUGGUACAGGACAACACAGUGAAAGCCCCGUAUGGAUACAAAGGAGACCAGUGGGUGGGGUACGAUGAUGAGAUGAGUUUGACACUGAAAGUGAACUCUGUCAUUAAAGAAAAAAAUCUGCUGGGUGCCAUGUUCUGGGCGCUGGAUCUGGAUGAUUUCAAGGGUUCUUUUUGCAAAAAAGGGAGGUAUCCUCUGAUGAAUGCCGUCAAGCAAGCAUUAGGGGGAGGAGGCGGGGGAACAAGACCUCCCAUCCCCUCCCCAUGGCCAGAACCUAGUACCCAGCCCCCUUCUGCUGGGCCUCCUACAGGUGGACCUCCAUCUGGAUCUUGCCAUGCUAUAGGGGCGUGGCAAGGGAAUGCAGGCAUGGAUAAAUGGUGUAAUGAAAACUGUGCCCGGGGAAACUGUCCAGGGGAUUUGUGUGCAUGUACUUAAGAAAGCAAGAGGCCUUCUAUCGGACAAGAAGUAUCAGACUAAUCAUUGUAGUAGGGGAAAAGAGAACGCCUAUUAAACGUUGAAAGUGAAGGGAUUUGUGUUUGUGUG